CAGAGGGUGGAAGGUGGAACAGCAAAUAAAACCACUCUUUGCCAGCAAAUCAUACCACUUUGGCAUACUUCUGUGAUGUCUCAUUUCCUGGGUCUGGGAUCAGGAGAGAUUUUUAAGGCUUCCCCCAUGUUGGAGAACCUUCAUUUGGCCAUUUUGCUUGCCUCCUCUUCUGCCUCCAUGAGCUGCUGCUAUUGAAAAGGAUUUAACCUUAGCAUUUGGCAAAGAUGAACAACAAUGCCUGCCCAUGUCAUGGAAAUAGAUGCUUUGCAACAAUGCAUCUAGUCUGUGUUCCAGGACUGCCAGCUGAAGGAACCGUAAACCCUGCUGGUGUCGAAGGACAACCUUCAGUGGAGAAGGCUGAAGGAACCGUAAACCCUGUUGGUGUCGAAGGACAACCUUCAGUGGAGAAGGCUGAAGGAACCGUAAACCCUGCUGGUGUCAAAGGACAACCUUCAGUGGAGAAGGCUGAAGGAACCGUAAACCCUGUUGGUGUCGAAGGACAACCUUCAGUGGAGAAGGCUGAAGGAACCGUAAACCCUGUUGGUGUCGAAGAGCAACCUUCAGUGGAGAAGGCUGAAGGAACCGUAAACCCUGUUGGUGUCAAAGGACAACCUUCAGUGGAGAAGGCUGACGGAACCGUAAACCCUGUUGGUGUCAAAGGACAACCUUCAGUGGAGAAGGCUGAAGGAACUGUAACCCCUGCUGGUGUCAAAGGACAACCUUCAGUGGAGAAGGCUGAAGGAACCAUAAACCCUGUUGGUGUCGAAGGACAACCUUCAGUGGAGAAGACUGACGGAAAUGUAAACCCUGCUGGUGUCGAAGAGCAACCUUCAGUGGAGAAGGCUGAAGGAACCAUAAACCCUGUUGGUGUCGAAGGGCAACCUUCAGUGGAGAAGGCUGAAGGAACCGUAAACCCUGCUGGUGUCAAAGGACAACCUUCAGUGGAGAAGGCUGAAGGAACUGUAACCCCUGUUGGUGUCAAAGGACAACCUUCAGUGGAGAAGGCUGACGGAACCGUAAACCCUGUUGGUGUUGAAGGGCAACCUUCAGUGGAGAAGGCUGAAGGAACCGUAAACCCUGUUGGUGUCGAAGGACAACCUUCAGUGGAGAAGGCUGAAGGAACCGUAAACCCUGUUGGUGUCGAAGGACAACCUUCAGUGGAGAAGGCUGAAGGAAAUGUAACCCCUGCUGGUGUCGAAGAGCAACCUUCAGUGGAGAAGGCUGAUGGAAAUGUAAAUCCUGUUGGUGUCAAAGGACAACCUUCAGUGGAGAAGGCUGAAGGAACCGUAAACCCUACUGGUGUCAAAGGACAACCUUCAGUGGAGAAGGCUGAAGGAACCGUAAACCCUGUUGGUGUUGAAGGACAACCUUCAGUGGAGAAGGCUGAAGGAACCGUAAACCCUGUUGGUGUCGAAGAGCAACCUUCAGUGGAGAAGGCUGAAGGAACCGUAAACCCUGCUGGUGUCAAAGGACAACCUUCAGUGGAGAAGGCUGAAGGAACCGUAAACCCUGCUGGUGUCAAAGGACAACCUUCAGUGGAGAAGGCUGAAGGAACCAUAAACCCUGUUGGUGUCGAAGAGCAACCUUCAGUGGAGAAGGCUGAAGGAACCGUAAACCCUGCUGGUGUCAAAGGACAACCUUCAGUGGAGAAGGCUGAAGGAACCGUAAACCCUGCUGGUGUCAAAGGACAACCUUCAGUGGAGAAGGCUGAAGGAACCAUAAACCCUGUUGGUGUCGAAGAGCAACCUUCAGUGGAGAAGGCUGAAGGAACCGUAAACCCUGUUGGUGUCGAAGAGCAACCUUCAGUGGAGAAGGCUGAAGGAACCGUAAACCCUGUUGGUGUCGAAGAGCAACCUUCAGUGGAGAAGGCUGAAGGAACCGUAAACCCUGUUGGUGUCAAAGGACAACCUUCAGUGGAGAAGGCUGAAGGAACCGUAAACCCUGUUGGUGUUGAAGGGCAACCUUCAGUGGAGAAGGCUGAAGGAACCGUAAACCCUGCUGGUGUCAAAGGACAACCUUCAGUGGAGAAGGCUGAAGGAACCGUAAACCCUGUUGGUGUCAAAGGACAACCUUCAGUGGAGAAGGCUGACGGAACCGUAAACCCUGUUGGUGUUGAAGGGCAACCUUCAGUGGAGAAGGCUGAAGGAACCGUAAACCCUGUUGGUGUCGAAGGACAACCUUCAGUGGAGAAGGCUGAAGGAACCGUAAACCCUGUUGGUGUCGAAGGACAACCUUCAGUGGAGAAGGCUGAAGGAAAUGUAACCCCUGCUGGUGUUGAAGAGCAACCUUCAGUGGAGAAGGCUGAUGGAAAUGUAAAUCCUGUUGGUGUCAAAGGACAACCUUCAGUGGAGAAGGCUGAAGGAACCGUAAACCCUACUGGUGUCAAAGGACAACCUUCAGUGGAGAAGGCUGAAGGAACCGUAAACCCUGUUGGUGUUGAAGGACAACCUUCAGUGGAGAAGGCUGAAGGAACCGUAAACCCUGUUGGUGUCGAAGAGCAACCUUUAGUGGAGAAGGCUGAAGGAACCGUAAACCCUGCUGGUGUCAAAGGACAACCUUCAGUGGAGAAGGCUGAAGGAAAUGUAAACCCUGCUGGUGUCAAAGGACAACCUUCAGUGGAGAAGGCUGAAGGAACCAUAAACCCUGUUGGUGUCGAAGAGCAACCUUCAGUGGAGAAGGCUGAAGGAACCGUAAACCCUGCUGGUGUCAAAGGACAACCUUCAGUGGAGAAGGCUGAAGGAACCGUAAACCCUGCUGGUGUCAAAGGACAACCUUCAGUGGAGAAGGCUGAAGGAACCAUAAACCCUGUUGGUGUCGAAGAGCAACCUUCAGUGGAGAAGGCUGAAGGAACCGUAAACCCUGUUGGUGUCGAAGAGCAACCUUCAGUGGAGAAGGCUGAAGGAACCGUAAACCCUGUUGGUGUCAAAGGACAACCUUCAGUGGAGAAGGCUGAAGGAAAUGUAACCCCUGCUGGUGUCAAAGGACAACCUUCAGUGGAGAAGGCUGAAGGAAAUGUAACCCCUGCUGGUGUCAAAGGACAACCUUCAGUGGAGAAGGCUGAAGGAACCGUAAACCCUGCUGGUGUCAAAGGACAACCUUCAGUGGAGAAGGCUGAAGGAACUGUAACCCCUGCUGGUGUCAAAGGACAACCUUCAGUGGAGAAGGCUGAAGGAACCGUAAACCCUGCUGGUGUCAAAGGACAACCUUCAGUGGAGAAGGCUGAAGGAAAUGUAACCCCUGCUGGUGUCAAAGGACAACCUUCAGUGGAGAAGGCUGAAGGAACCGUAAACCCUGCUGGUGUCAAAGGACAACCUUCAGUGGAGAAGGCUGAAGGAAAUGUAACCCCUGCUGGUGUCAAAGGACAACCUUCAGUGGAGAAGGCUGAAGGAACUGUAACCCCUGCUGGUGUCAAAGGACAACCUUCAGUGGAGAAGGCUGAAGGAACCGUAAACCCUGCUGGUGUCAAAGGACAACCUUCAGUGGAGAAGGCUGAAGGAAAUGUAACCCCUGCUGGUGUCAAAGGACAACCUUCAGUGGAGAAGGCUGAAGGAACCGUAAACCCUGCUGGUGUCAAAGGACAACCUUCAGUGGAGAAGGCUGACGGAAAUGUAAAUCCUGUUGGUGUCAAAAAACAACCUACAGUGGAGAAGGCUGACGGAAAUGUAAAUCCUGUUGGUGUCAAAGGACAACCUUCAGUGGAGAAGGCUGACGGAAAUGUAAAUCCUGUUGGUGUCAAAGGACAACCUUCAGUGGAGAAGACUGACGGAAAUGUAAAACCUGUUGGUGUCAAAGGACAACCUUCAGUGGAGAAGGCUGAAGGAAAUGUAAACCCUGCUGGUGUCAAAGGACAACCUUCAGUGGAGAAGGCUGAAGGAACCGUAAACCCUGCUGGUGUCAAAGGACAGCCUUCAGUGGAGAAGGCUGAAGGAACCGUAAACCCUGCUGGUGUCAAAGGACAACCUUCAGUGGAGAAGGCUGAAGGAACCGUAAACCCUGCUGGUGUCAAAGGACAACCUUCAGUGGAGAAGGCUGAAGGAACCGUAAAUCCUGCUGGUGUCAAAGGACAACCUUCAGUGGAGAAGGCUGAUGGAAAUGUAAAUCCUGUUGGUGUCAAAGGACAACCUUCAGUGGAGAAGGCUGAAGGAAAUGUAAACCCUGCUGGUGUCAAAGGACAACCUUCAGUGGAGAAGGCUGAAGGAACCGUAAACCCUGCUGGUGUCAAAGGACAGCCUUCAGUGGAGAAGGCUGAAGGAAAUGUAAAUCCUGUUGGUGUCAAAGGACAACCUUCAGUGGAGAAGGCUGAAGGAACCGUAAACCCUGUUGGUGUCAAAGGACAACCUUCAGUGGAGAAGGCUGAAGGAACCGUAAACCCUGUUGGUGUCAAAGGACAACCUUCAGUGGAGAAGGCUGAAGGAAAAGUAAACCCUGCUGGUGUCAAAGGACAACCUUCAGUGGAGAAGGCUGAAGGAACCGUAACCCCUGCUGGUGUCAAAGGACAACCUUCAGUGGAGAAGGCUGAAGGAACCGUAAACCCUGUUGGUGUCAAAGGACAACCUUCAGUGGAGAAGGCUGAAGGAACCGUAAACCCUGCUGGUGUCAAAGGACAGCCUUCAGUGGAGAAGGCUGAAGGAACCGUAAAUCCUGUUGGUGUCAAAGGACAACCUUCAGUGGAGAAGGCUGAAGGAACUGUAACCCCUGCUGGUGUCAAAGGACAACCUUCAGUGGAGAAGGCUGAAGGAACUGUAACCCCUGCUGGUGUCAAAGGACAACCUUCAGUGGAGAAGGCUGAAGGAACUGUAACCCCUGCUGGUGUCAAAGGACAACCUUCAGUGGAGAAGGCUGAAGGAACCGUAAACCCUGCUGGUGUCAAAGGACAACCUUCAGUGGAGAAGGCUGAAGGAAAUGUAAACCCUGCUGGUGUCAAAGGACAACCUUCAGUGGAGAAGGCUGAAGGAACCGUAAACCCUGCUGGUGUCAAAGGACAACCUUCAGUGGAGAAGGCUGAAGGAACCAUAAAUCCUGCUGGUGUCAAAGGACAACCUUCAGUGGAGAAGGCUGAAGGAACCGUAAACCCUACUGGUGUCAAAGGACAACCCUCAGUGGAGAAGGCUGAAGGAAAUGUAACCCCUGCUGGUGUCAAAGGACAACCUUCAGUGGAGAAGGCUGAAGGAAAUGUAACCCCUGCUGGUGUCAAAGGACAACCUUCAGUGGAGAAGGCUGAAGGAACUGUAACCCCUGCUGGUGUCAAAGGACAACCUUCAGUGGAGAAGGCUGAAGGAACCGUAAACCCUGCUGCUGUCAAAGGACAACCCUCAGUGGAGAAGGCUGAAGGAAAUGUAACCCCUGCUGGUGUCGAAGGGCAACCUUCAGUGGAGAAGGCUGAAGGAACCGUAAAUCCUGUUGGUGUCAAAGGACAACCUUCAGUGGAGAAGGCUGAAGGAACCGUAAACCCUGCUGGUGUCAAAGGACAACCUUCAGUGGAGAAGGCUGAAGGAACCGUAAACCCUGCUGGUGUCAAAGGACAACCUUCAGUGGAGAAGGCUGAAGGAACCGUAACCCCUGCUGGUGUCAAAGGACAACCUUCAGUGGAGAAGGCUGAAGGAACCGUAACCCCUGCUGGUGUCAAAGGACAACCUUCAGUGGAGAAGGCUGAAGGAACCGUAACCCCUGCUGGUGUCAAAGGACAACCUUCAGUGGAGAAGGCUGAAGGAACUGUAACCCCUGCUGGUGUCAAAGGACAACUUUCAGUGGAGAAGGCUGAAGGAAAUGUAACCCCUGCUGGUGUCGAAGGACAACCUUCAAGGAAGGUGGCUGAAGGAACUGUAAAGACUGCGGGCACUGAAGGGCAACCUUCAGGGGAGCUUGCUUAUGCCAAUCACAAUGAUUUCUCCUGUGGAAAUGAAAGCCACGGAAGUGGGCCAAUCGUUCCCAAUCAAGGGGAAGGUUCAGGUGAAGCAGGUUUUGAUCAUGACACCUCUCUGUACUCUGGAGAGGAAAGAACUGGGGACAGCUUUGGAACCCCCGCUGGCUGCAGGGAAAAUGGGAUGCCACCCCACUGCAAUGAGUCAGCAGCAAAUGUCUACAAUGAAUUGAUGAGCUGUGCCAACAGCUCACCCACCCCCAACAAACUCACAGUGAUGCACCCUGUUCUGCACUCCUGCACAGUGGAGUAUCACUGGUCACCCAUGCUGAAGUACUGCAAGCCUAAAGUAGUGGUCUGUGGACUUGUAUGCUUGCACUAAUGCCAAACUGUGUGCCGAACCGAAAUGUCAUCCACAUGCAAAACCUUUCAUGGCUAAAAGCCUGAAACAAGUCCCCAAAGAGUCAGCAUACAAUGAGGAUGGUAUCCAACUAAGCUCUAGAGUAGAACUAUUGAAAUUUACAGGCUUAAGCUAGUCGUAUCCACUAACUUCAAUGAGUAGGAUUACCCUUGGGCACAGCCCUUAGUUUCCAUGACCGUAACUGUGGCACAAUGGGUGAUGUAACCUAUAAAUAUCCUUCAGAAUUGUUGGGGAACAUCAUUUGGCAUUACCCGGUUUAAAUAAAUUGCAGAUGUGUGACUAUCCAAAAUCUCUCCCUUUAUUUAACAGCAGGAGGGGGAAAAUUUUGGCCCAGCAGGCCAGAUUUUUAUCUCUUCCCACCUCCACUGGCCAACUUUGACAUUUUGGCAGGGCCAAUGUCAUGAUGACAUCAGAUGAAUGAUAGGUGGGCUGUCCAGCCCACCUGUCAAAAUUGACCUAUGAGGGUAGGGUGCAGGGUCUGUUUUCCCAGUGCAUUAUCCACAAGGAACAGAUUGGCAAAGCAGAACCCAGCAGAAUUGAACUCUUUGCUCUCCAGCUAAUAGGCAGAGGCUUCAAUCCUGCUAGCUUCAGGGGUCUGCUUCAGCAGUGUGUGCCCAGCAGGGAAUAUGGUGUUGAAUUAGCCCCCAGUAUGAUUUAAACCUGCCCACCGAUGUCAUCCAGUGAUGUCAGCUGAUGGACAGGUGGGUGUGGUUUGAGGGAAAUGGCCUUGCAGCCCAACUUCAACCCCCUGAUGGGCCAAGACUGACCCAUGGGCCAAAGGUUCUUUACCCCUGAUUUACAGAGAUUCGUUUCCCUUCCUUCAUGCUGACUUUGCAUACUCUGUGCAUUCACAGGCACUGAUAAUUUGUGUAAUCUAUUUAAAAAACUGUUUUGAGAUCUGUUUUAAAGGCAGUGAAAGGAUGUCCAUGUGCCUGCUGAUUUAAAGCUGGAGUGGGGAAACUCAUCCCUCCCCAGGGGGGGGUCAAAAUGUCGCUCUCCACAGCCCUCUAUCUGGUGCUUGGGACUCUCCCCAGGCCAUACACUCCUCUCCCUGGCAACCCUGCUCAGCAGUCCUACUUUACUCCCUCUGCAAAACACAUCUGUGGCUUUUGCAUUACAAUCUGCCAGCUGCUCAUAUUUUGCCUCUCGCUUCUUUCAUAGCCUUCCUGACAUUCCACCUCUCCCUUGAAGAUGAACCCUUAAUUUUCUUCCUCCAAGAUGAAACUAAGUUUGAAUAGUUGCUCACAACAGCCCCUUAUUAUUCUGGCUUCUCCUUGUCCCCCCACCCCACCCCAGUUUCCCUUCUUUGGGCAUGUGAUCAUGUAGAGCUCCGUCUAUAGUGCUAGAGUAGUCAUAGAGUUGUGCUUAAUGUUGAUAGCAGUUAUUUCAAUAGACUGUGCACAAGGUACAAUUUUCUCCCCGUUGUUCAUGAUUUGUGUUCUUCAGAUCCAGAAACGUACAAGCUGUUAAAGUCUGCCUGUCACUUUCUUUUGUCUCCAAGACAAUAAAAUAUGAAUAUACUAACA